AUGGGUUCCGUCGUCAUUCCCCAUCUCGUCUCGGGCUGGCACGUCGACCAGGCCAUCCUCAGCGAGGAGGAGCGCCUCGUCGUCAUCCGCUUCGGCCGCGACUGGGACCCGGACUGCAUGCGCCAGGACGAGGUGCUCUACAAGAUUGCCGACAAGGUCAAGAGCUUCGCCGUCGUGUACGUCUGCGACAUUGACCAGGUGCCCGACUUUAACAGCAUGUACGAGUUCGCGGCCACCAAGCUGACAGGGCAACGCGACGCAGAGCUGUACGACCCGUGCACCAUCAUGUUCUUCUUCCGCAACAAGCACAUCAUGUGCGAUUUCGGCACCGGCAACAACAACAAGCUCAACUGGGUCCUCGAGGACAAGCAGGAGCUCAUCGACAUCAUCGAGACCAUCUACCGCGGCGCCAAGAAGGGCCGCGGCCUCGUCGUCAGUCCCAAGGACUACUCCACGCGACACCGAUACUAG